ACUACUACCUUUCAUAGAAUUAUUUUUAAUAUGUCACUCUGCACCCCCACCCCCUUUUGUUACACUCAGAUUCUCAUUCAUAUACUCCUGGACUCCAAUUCAUAUGCAUGUACAUUCACACACACACUCAUCACAUUCAUAAAUAGCCCCAAUAUUUAUUAUUAUUUUUAUAUUAUGAGGCCCAGCCAGCCAUUUUUUCUACUUUUUCCUGGGGGAAAGCUAAAGUGGAGCUUUAUCCAUGAGGUCCAGUGGAGACCUACUGGGACCACUCUUUGAACUGAUUGCACAGAGCUGUGCCUGCUCUGGAAAGAAGGAGGUUCUCUUUGCCCCUUUUUUCCCACCUGACAUUUGGGCAGAACAGCCCCUCCUCCCACGGCGAGUAUGGCACAGCACUGGUAAUGCUACUUGUGUAGGGAAUGCAACAAUGUAAUCUCUCAGAAUGAGAUGCAUGCUCGAUCACUACAAGCUGUACAGAGUUCAGAUCGAAUCUGAAAGCAGCAGAGACCCAUCCCCUUGGUUCACACAAAACAUACUGAUCGGAAUAGCUUGUUAAAGGUGUAACUCAGUCUACAACUGCUGUGCCGCCAUCAUCAUGUCUCUGCUGAGCAAGGUUUCUGUUGCCUUAAUUGCAAUCCUGUUGGCUUAUUAUUUAUACUCCGGAUAUGAUGCCUUUGAACCAUGUGAGUAUCCAUUGAUUUUACUCCUUUAUGACGUUCUGAGCAAAGUUAUUUUGCACAAAACUCUCCCGGUAGUGCAAAAGUAAAUUUUAACACUUUAAGAACCAAUUCCAUUGUAACAAAAAAACAGCAUUAAAAGCUCUUACAUCUAAAUGGAAUGUCCCAUUCUAUAGAGUGACUAUUGCAGGACUAUAUAUAGAGAUAUAUGUUGCUAAAUAAGCAGGACAUUCCAUACUGGAUCAGGGUCUUUAUGGACCAAAUUGGGUUUCUUAAGAAGUUCUAAAUGGGGUUAAACAGUGAAUUAGAUCUAUAUUGUAUAUUUACCAUAUAGGGUCUCAGACCUGCCUCUGUCUGCCCACUGGGCAUGUCUGUAUAAUGUUGAAUGGGGGAGGGAGACAACUUUACCAUACAAUGAAUGUGUAAUAUUUCUUCUUAAACUGUAUGCCUAUUUUAUAUAUGAUACAUUUACAUACGGGGAGAGGCAAAGGUCCCUUGAUAUUUAGAUGCAUUUAUGUAUGCAAUGUAUUAAUUCAUGCAUUCAAUAAAAAUAAAAGCCUUAUAUCUUUAUGCCAUUUAUUACCAUGUUUGAUGACAUGUCUUACUUUUUCUUUUUUCUUUUCUUUAAUGUUUAAUCACCAACAGUUAUUCAUCCUUAAAGGGACACUAUAGUCAUCCAGACCACUUCAGGUCAAUGAAGUGGUCUGGGUGCAAUGUCCCUCAGGUUUUAACGCUUCACAUGUAAACAUAGCAGUUUUAGAGAACCCUUUCAGCAUCACGGGAGGGGAACCCUGAGGUUGAGGGUUCCCCAAGGAUUAUAUAGUGUCAGGAAAAUGGGUUCCUGACGGGUUUUCCUGUAGUGAUCCUUAAAUCAAAGCAGCAUUGUCACUUGUUGCAUUUUUUACAAAGACUCUACAAGUUAACACUAGGUGGCCAACGUUAACAGGUAGGGAGAUAUACUUACCUUAAAGGGAUACUAUAGUGCCAGGAAUACAAAUCUGUAUUCCUGGCACUAUAGCUCCCUGUGCCUCCCCCCUCCCUCGCACCCCCACCCCCGUGUUAAAUAAAGGGUUAAAAACCCUUUAUUUACUAACCAUAUCCCAGCUUCGCCACCUCCUCUGUCCCGCAGCAAGUGGGCACUAAUGUGUAUGCGCUGCAAAUUCCGCGCGCACAUUAGACCUCCCCAUAUUCAAGCUCUGAUUCAAUGCUUUCCUUUGGGGAAAAAUCUGAUGCUGGAUGUCCUCCUGCAGAGCGUGAGGACGUCCAGCGACAGAUACCAGACCAAAGGUCAGUUUUGAUCCAGAAAGCACUUCCAGCGGCUGUCUGGGACACAGCCACUGGAGGCAGACUUAGUCCUGCAAUGUAAACAUUGCAGCACUGUUUAAACUACUGCAACUAAGUGCAAAAGGGACAUUGCACCCAGACCACUUCAAUGAGCUUAAGUAGUAGUGCCUAUAGUGCCCCUUUAAGCAGUCCCUUCUCAUUGUUGCCAUAUUCUCGCCACCAUAUUUGUUUGGCUCCAAGUGACUUUGUCUGCCAGUAGCCAUAGUCACUAUUGUAGUCUUGCGCAUGCAAGGGAUUAUAAAACAAAGUCAUUAGAAGUUUCUGUGAGGUGCGGGAUGUUCCAUAGAAACUACCUUUUUGCUAAAGGUUGCCAGUAUGAAGAAUGUCCAACACUGUAAACAACAGAUUUUCAUAGAGAAUCAGUAAUUAUAAAACAAAGAUGACUUUUGCCUCACCCUGUAUAUAGAAUACAUUGUAUAUACAUAAAUUGCAAAGAAAGAACACGUUUAAUAGAUAAUAUGACGGUAACUAAAACUUAAAAAAUAUGAUACAAUUAAUUUAUUAUAAAUUAUUCACGUACAACUGACAUAUUUUAUUAUAUCUAGAUUUUCCAGUUACACAAUACCUUAAUAUUUAAGAGCAACUAUAACUAGAAGAGAGGUGUUGCCCUCACUACGAUCAACACGUUACCGGUGUCUCCAGGAAGUUGGUCAAAUGCCACUGAUUUCUUGCUUGUACAUAAAGGUGCUAUCAGCUAUAGACAUUGAUCAGACCAUUAACCUUGGUCAUAACCAAUAAAACAGCUUUUCACCUAUAUAUGCUCAUCAUAAACUUGGGAAUGCAGCAUAGUUAAACAUUUGAUCUAAUUUUUGAGUUUUAAAUUGUACAUAUUCUAUAUUUUGUAACUUCUUGCACACCUGGAUCUUGGCAGACUGCUUGUGUGGCCCAUUAGUUUAAAUAUAACGAACCUUGUAUCAGGAUCCCUUAGUCCCCUUGUAUCAUGAUCCCUAAUGUCACCUAAUAUGAAUUAGAGUGGUUGAAGCCACUCUGGAAGCCACCCCAGUUGCAGAGUCAGGAACGACAGUGAUGGAAGGGAGCCCGAGAGCCCAUCAGGAAGCACAUAACUUCAUCUACACCCUCUUCACCUACUCAUCAGUAGAGGUCAAGGAGGUCCAGAGAGACCAAUAAUCUUGCUGAGAGUGUAAGUAAAAUAAGUAUACACAAUGAGUAUGUAAUUUAACCUUUUCAGCAUGUAGGGUACCCUGGAUCCAAAUAAUACUGUAGGUAUAACCAGGGCCGGCCCAAGGCAUUGUGUUGCCUGGGUCAAAGGAUGAAAUGCUGCCCCCCCAUCCCCAACAAAACCACACUAAGCAAAACACGCCCACAUCCAUUAUGUUAUGCAGUGUCUGUGUAGUGGCUGCAGUGUGUGCAGUGGCUGCAGUGUCUGCAUAUUGCAUGCAGUGUGUGUAGUGGAUGCUGUGUGUGUCUGUAUAGUGAAUGCAGCAUGUGUGUAUUUUGUAAUGAAUGCAGUGUGUGGAUAGCGGAUGCAGAGCGGAUGUUUGUGUUUGUAUAUAGUGGAUGCAGUUUGUGUGCAUAGUGGAUGCAGUGUGUGUGUCUAUAGUGGAUGCAGUGUGUGUGUAUUUGUAUAUAGUGGAUGCAGUGUGUGUGUGUGUAUGUGUAUAUAGUGGAUGCAGUGUGUGUGUAUUGUGGAUGCAGUGUGUGUGUGCAUAGUGGAUGCAAAGUGUGUUUGUGUGUGUAUAGUGGAUGCAGUGUGUGUAUUGUGCAUGCAGUGUGUUUAUAUAGUGGAUGUAGUGUGUGUAUGUGUAUAUAGUGGAUGUAGUGUGUGUGUGUGUAUUGCAUGGAGUGUGUGUUUGUGGUGUUGUAGUGUGUUUAUGGUGAUAUAUUAAAUGUGGGGGUGAGCAGUUUUUUUUAAUGUUUAAAACUUAUCCUCCUUUCCCCCCCUCCCCCCCCAACCUCUUACCUGUGGGCAGGGAGGUGGGAUACAAGAUUCACUGGUGGUCCAGUGGAGCAAGAGCAUUGCCCUGCUCCGGUGUGCAUUGCGUGCCGCACGGAGCUUUGCCAUGGCAACCCGUGCUAACACUCUCGCUAUUCGCAAGAGUAGAGUACUGGCUGCUGCUGAAGGUGUAAGAUUACUCUCAGGGCCCCCUCUUCACUUUCCUCCAGCAGGAGCUUGGAACUGCACAUAUAUAUAUAUAGCGGUACUCACUAUAUAUGUGCAAUUAGGUGGCCCAGCACUACACAUGUCUUUAAAGGUCAAAAUGCCGUCGAUGUCACAGUGCCACCUGGAGCCAAUGGAUGGGCCGGCCCUGGGUAUAACUCAUCAGGCUCUUACCCACCUUUUCACACAAUGUGCUGUAAGGGGAAGGGUAAUCAGUUGGGGCCAAGGAGAUACAUAGCCAUAUAGACUCCUAUAACUAUGGCCCCUGAGGGCCAGAAGAUGCCCAGUAGAAUAAUACACUUCAUCAAGGACCCAUUAUGCGCCCAUUCUCCAGGGCAUGGGCUUUAACCAUUAUUAAUAUGCCCCAUUACAAUUAACCCCUCUGGGUGUUCCCAAGCCCCUAGCCACCCCCGAAAAUCAGUCCCUUCCUACCGUCUUACAAUAAUUAAAGUGAGGAGGGGCACACAAUCUUAAAAAAUAAACUAUAAAAAAUGAAUAAUCACCACUGGUGAAGUCUAGUUGAAAUAUUUACUUUCUAUUGAACCUAAAUAAUAAUGUCCCAAUUACUACAAUGCUAAAUCUUAUUUGCACACAAAAGCCUAAUCUGUUUUGUCUUUCUGUGUGUUUUUUCAACAGCCAUGCUAAAAGGAAAGAAAGUAAUAGUUACUGGAGCCAGCUCUGGUAUUGGAGAGCAGAUGGCAUAUCACUUGGCGCAGAUGGGAUCUCACAUCUUAAUUACUGCACGUACAGAAGAAAAGCUGAAAAAGGUAAGUAUCAUUGUGCCGUUUAACUGCUGUAUAUUUGAGAGGUUUGAACAGUUCUACACAAACAUAUCCAACCAAUUUUCCGUACAUGAGAACAUUGGUAGAUGUUAGAGCAUUUCUGCUACUUUUCUUGAUGCUAGAAUGAAGCCAUGCUCAAGUCUCAACCAGAGUAGAUUGAACCUUGCAUAAGAUAUUUGGAAAAUGCUCAGUUGGUGUGAGAAUUAGGUUUAUGGUGCCCCCAACCAUGAGAAAAACUAAAUUGUCACAAGCUCCUAUUACUAGCAAGGGCUCAAGUCAAAGCUGGAGAAUUGUCAAGUAUACAUUCAUGUAUAAAAUAGUAUUUCACAUAAUUAUGAGAUGUUAUUGGAAAGUGUCUCCUUUAUUUAGUGCUUAGGAGAUACAGAUGUAAUCAGAAUUAUUCAACCCAUUUGAUGAAAAUCAUGUUUCUUGUCAAAAUAUACAGACUUUCAGCUAUUUGCCAUAAACAAAUCAAACAAAAGCAAUUGAAAUAGCUCAACACAACAAAUGCUUCAAGUGGUUUUCCCAAAUUCAACUGAAAAUACAACUUGUGACCUCUCCAGUCUCAAAAUUAUUCAACCCUCCCUCGCAACAGUAGACAUAUGCAAAACAGGUGCUGUCUCAAGCACAGCUGAUGCAACUAAUCAAGGGCUUCAUUAGCUAAACCAGGUGUGCUUGAGCUGGAACACUAGCAAUAGGGAUUGAACACUGAACUGGCUAGGGAUUUGUUGAGUGUCAAGUUUGACUGCAUGUUAGAAAUAUGGCUAAGUCAAAAGAAUGGUCCACAAAGUUAAGAAAAGAGAUCAAUGCCUUUCACUAAAAAGGAACAGGAUACAAAAAGAUAGUGAAGGCACUGAAUGUUCCUAGAGACUUUAUUGUAUUCAUAGUUUGCCUGUUCAAAGUUGAAGGAACAGUGGUUACACUACCUGGACUACGCUAUCAAUGGGGCUAAGCUAUCAAUGGCUGCAACCAGACUUCUGAGAAGGCAGGCUGUGAAAAACCUUUGAGUGACUACAAAAGACUGGCGGUGUAAUACUCAAGAAAAUAAAGUUCUUUGAACACAAUUGCAGAAUUUACACAGUGUUUCAGUAUGGAAAUAAUGCAGAGUUGAAAUGUGAAAAACAAGCAGAUUAAAGCUGGAGUCGUGCAGGAUGCAUUCAGGAUAUUAAUGAAAUGCUCAUUUUUUAUGGGUGCACAAUUAACUAGCUUAAUUAAUGGUUGAGAAUUUCCUUUGACAGCAGACAACUGAAGUGUUAAGACAAUGUAGCAUUUUACUUGCUGCAAACUGUACAACUCAGCUUGUUAGAGAAGGCAGUGGAAUAGUCAGAGUCCGUACAGUGUCCAGGGAGUAUAUAUAGUUCAGCAAAGUCGGUUUGGAAGAUCAGAGGUACACAGGUAGAUAUCACAGGGAGCUCAGAUGACAUUGAGAAAUACUUUGACUGAGCAAUUUCAGAGUAGCCGCGGCUUUCCUUUAACUUGGCAGUGUCAGACGUAUGGACGGGGUCCGAUCUGCGAAUCUGGGAAGUGACUCCGAGGGAGUUCGCCGAUCUGUAAUCAUGACAUGCAGCAAGCCUUGGUGGCAAUAGGCACUGAGGUUUCAGUAAGCACAGUAAAGCGCAUACUAAACUCAGAAGGUUUCCAUGCCAGAACUCCAAGACUUACACCACUAUUGACCCAAAAGCACAGUAUGCUCAAAAUCAUAUAAAUAAGCCACAGAAGGUUUGAGAUUCCUUUCUGUGUGCCCAAUGGAUCAGCGGUAUGUCUGGAAGAAGAAGAAUGAAGCAUAUGCUGAAAAGAACACUCUGCCUACAGUUAAGCAUGGUUAUGGCUCGGUGAUGCUCUGGAGUUGCUUGACAUCCUCUGGCACUGGAAACCUGCAGUGUGUGGAAGGUGAGAUAGAUUAAUUGAAGUAUCAGGAAAUGUCAUGCAGUCUGUGAAAAAGCUGAAGCUUGGGUGUCAUUGGACCUUUCAACAAGACAAUGAUCUCAAAUAUACCUCAAAUUGGUUGCAGAGGAAGUCCUGGAAAAUUUUCCAGUGGCUAUCAUCACAGUCACCUGACUUGAACACCAUAGAAAAUCUCUAUGGUGGUGGGAUUUGAAGAAGGAUUGCAGCACGCAGACCCAAGAAUAUUCCUGAACUGGAGGCCAUUGCUCAUGAGCAAUGGACUAAAAUUUCUCAAGAACGCUGCCAAAGCAGGUUUCUGGCUAUGCAUCUCAUUUGCAAAAGAGUGCUACACUAAGUACUAAAGAUGCUUGCCAUGAAGGGGUUUAUUAAUUUUGAGACUGGAGAAGUCAUUAUAAGUUUCAUUUGCAGUUGAAUUUGGGGUAACAACUUGAAGCAUUCAUUGUGUUGAGUUAUUUCAAUUGUUUAAUUUGUUCACUGCAAACAAGCUGAAAGUCUGUAAAUGUUUACAAUAAACCUGAUUUUCAAUGGGGGUUGAAUAAUUUUGUAUACAACUUUAUCACCAUGGCUAACAAAACAGGUUCCUACUAAUGCCAUUGUUUUUGUGAUAAUUGUUCCACUUUUAGAAAUGUGCCAAUUUCUUAUUAGCAAUAUUUGAAAACAUUCCCUCCAGUGUUUUGUAUGAAUAAAUACUUUCCUCUCUUUGACUAUAUUUGGUGUCAAAUUUGAAACUGUUUCACUUUGUGUUUACCUACACAAAUAUAGCAUAUAAUUAACAUGAUACUAACAUUUAAUGUGCAAAAUUAGAAAUAUAAUUGUAUUAAUUGUAAUAAAUAUUUCUAAAGCAUGCUUAUAGCGACACUGUCAUUCGUGGGGUUAUGUUACUUUUUCGCUUAGACCCUCCAGAGUUAAACGUGAGCUUGCAAGGUGGUGCAAAGUUGGAGAGAGGUGAGGUGGAUAUAUUUAACAGAUGCUCCUCUCGCAUUGGAGCCAACAUUUGGUUUAGUUGUCUUCAGCUACUGUGGGUUUCAUCUUCUAGGUGCCAUGUCACAAAACAGGGGUCUGUGACUCUAAGAGAUUUUAUAGAUCAUCCUAUGUAGAAUAUUGCAUAUUCUAUGUUUCUAUUGAUUAUUUAUGGAUGUGUGUAUUGACAUAAGUAACAUAUGGUAUCAAGUCACAAUGUUUUCUUGUAUGAGAACUCUGGAAUGUGGAUUGGGGGUCUUGUCCUUAUAUGGCUAGAGUUAUGGUCUGAUGUCAGAAUGGGCACAUCUAUAUAGUAACUGAACAAAGGGACAUGAGGUCUCUCUCUCUCUUGGCUCUUCUUCCUGUACAACAAUGUAACUCGCCUUUCAGAAGUCCAGCAAUUUACCAUCUGCUGUCGACAAUCCAUGAUCAUGUAACAUCCUUUGUUGUUUUAUUAUGUAUCAGUAACUAAGAAUAAACCAUAAGAAACUGUAAGCCAGAUUGCAUAUUAGUACUUUUCAUUAAUAUAGACGUAUAUUAAUGUUUUGCGAGCCUUUGACCCAAGACUAUAUAUACAAAAGAUGUAUAUAUCAGUCAACUGGAGAAAUCACAGAAAUACACAGAAGAAGCAGAAUUUAUUACACCCUAGAACAGAGGUAGGCAACUUUCGGCAUUACAGAUGUUGUGGACUAUAUCUCCUCUGAUGCUUUGCCAACAUUACGAUUGUAAGAGCAUUAUGUCCACAUCACCUGACUAAGUCCUCAACAUCGGGAGUGACGAAGAUUGCCUACCCUUGCCCUAGAAAAUGGAUAUUCCCAACAGAUGUUAGUUACAUCUUCUGAAAAAAAAAUGCCAAAAUCAGACUGCUUGAAGAAAAAAGUAGUCCCUAAUUAGUAGUUUUAAUUGCAUUGAGAAACAUAUAAGUGACAGUGCCACUUUGAAUAAAACUUGUGUGUUAAAGGUAUUACCAUAACUAGAUGUGUUUUUCCAGUGCAAAAAUAGCACAAAAGAUCAAAGUGUUCAUAUACAAAAUAAAAGGAUGCCGUAGGAGCAUUGUUCAGUACUCUAUACUCACCACCCACCCCAGUUUUGGUAACUGACCAAUUAUGGUAUUUGUAACAUACUGCAUUUUUUUAAAUGUGCUUUAACUACAUAUGGUUUGGGUAACGUCAUGAAAUUGAAGCUAAUCUAAGUGGCAUAAAUGUGUAGAUGGUGAGCAUAACGCUUAGCAAUACAAAGUGUGUGCCAGCACUGCGGAAUAUGUUGGCACUUUAUAAAUUGCAGUAAUAAUAACAAUAAGAAGAAAUUGUACAGAUUUGGUUAUUUGACAUGCUGAGUUAUAUGGUGAUAUCUAGUUUGCUGUCUCUCUCACCCUCAUUAUGUUGGAAAAACCAGAAGGGCAUUCAUUACUUUAUACAAAUUGGCAUAAUUUGAUGUUACUUUAGUAUAAAUAUGAUAAUUAUGUAUCAAGUAAUUCUAUCCAUUUCAAUUUAGGUGGUUGAAAAGUGUGUAAAAUUAGGAGCAGCGUCUGCUUACUACAUCCCUGGAAGCAUGGACAACAUGACCUUUGCGAAGCAGGUUGUGCAAGAAGGAAAACGCUUAUUCGGUAUGUCCCCAAGCACAUAACCAAUGUAUCGUUAACCACCCCAUACACUAUGCCAAAACUCCUUUGCUUAAUAGUCUAUUGGCCUUAGCAUCAUAUGCCAAUUACUAGCCUUAAUCAUAAAGAGCAUUUUUUUUUCUCCCAGGCUAAAAUCUUUGACCAAUAUGUGUACAGACUGAAGAUGUCCCUUAUGUUUAAUCUAUUAUAAACAUAAUGCAGCAAAAUAUGUUUCAAAACAAUACUCUGAAAAAAUAUUUUUUGUAAAAAGAUACAAAUUUGUUGAGUUCCUGAGCUUGUUAUAAAUCUUCAGGCAAUAUUACUUGUAAAGUGAGCAUGGGCCCAGAUUCAGGAAGUGACACGGUCGAUCAUGAUGCUCCCUUAACUUUAUAUGGCGACGCUCGGUUUACCCCAUACAUUUCUGGACAGCAGGGUGUUAUUCACACAGCAGCGGUUUUGCAAUUCUUUUUUAGCUCCCAGAAACCUUUGCUGUGUUGCCUCUCAGAAUAAUACAACCAUAAGUGAUGACAUUGCAUGCAGCUUUUUCGGAGAAAAAUGGAGGCAUUCGUUGUUGGAAGGGAGGUGCAGAAAGUGCAAUCUUCUGAAGAAAAAAAUAUUAGAAAAAAUAAAAAUAACUAACUGUAGCCUAUGCAUUCACUCAUUCAUGUGUGAGCACAUGGAAUACCCCUUAAAUAACCAUCAGUGGCCAGGAACACCAUCAGCCUUCUCAAAUCUCCCUAUGAAAAGAUCCUUCAUUUUUUAUAAGUACUGAGAAAUGGAAAAUGUCAGUGAAUGCCAUUUAAUCCUGUCUGUUUUGCAAUGUGUUCCAUUUGCUAAUGUAGGUGGACUGGACAUGCUGAUUCUAAACCACAUUGGUUAUACUUACUUUAAUUACUUUGAUGGAGAUGUGGACCAUGUACGAAAUCUCCUGGAGAUUAAUGUUCUGAGUUACGCAACCAUGACUGUAGAAGCACUCCCCAUGUUGAAAAAAAGCAAUGGGAAUGUGGUAGUUGUGUCUUCAUUUGCAGGUAAAUAUUUCGAUGGUAAAUAUCCUAGUUUUAUAUACUGCUGCUCAUAGCACUUAGCACACACUCAGGAGUACUCUGGUGCUCAAUGUUUUAAACGUGUGUUUCUAGUAUAGACACACAAACAAUAUCAAUCUUGCAGCUGAUGCUGACACAAUGCUGUGGAGUAAUUCGGAGAAGUAAAGUAUCCGGUUACUUGUCCUCCAUAUUGUGUGCAUAUGUCCCAAGUGUCUCUAUUUAGCAGGGACAGCCUCUAUUUUGAGCCCAAAGCCUUCUGUAUGCAUAUGCGUGUGUUAGUGUGAGUGUAUAAUUGUGUGUCUGUGUGCGUAUUUGUGUGGAAUUUAUUUUCAAAUGUUGGCAACCAUGAUUUCCGGAGCCAAAAUCUAUUUUCUAAAGUUUUCAGUGCACAUAUCAUUGAACUCGCUCAAUUCUUGUAAAUUACCACCAGUGGAUGUUCACAGGUUAGAUUUCUGUGAAUAAAUUUCAUUUUUUCCCCCUUUUUUGUAAUUUUGCAGUAACAGAAGGAUGGAAGCUCUGAUAAACAGUUUUAUUAACAUUUUUCUUAUACAGGUAAAGUAGGCUUACCGUUUACUGUGCCCUAUUCCACCACCAAAUUUGCCUUAGAUGGCUUUUUCAGCUCUUUGCGCAUGGAAUUCAAGCAACAGAAAACAAACGUUUCCGUCACAUUGUGCGUCAUCAGUUAUAUAGACACGGGUAAGUGUGUGAAAAUUAGUUUUUUUUUAAUCUAGAGUAAAAUAUUUACUCUUAGUUUAGUUUAUAGGCAAGUAUUAUAGACAGUUUAAAUUCUCUAGUUUAUGGACAGUAACCACACUCAUACAGUUGCAUAAAUAAAGGAUGUCUACGCUUUUUUUCCGAAUAUGUCACAUUUUCUGUAUCCCAAAUCUCAAAACUGUCAUCUUAGUACAAUAAGGGUAUAUAACAUAACAUAUAAUUAUAUAACAUUAAAAAAAAAUGUUCUUGCUCUUCUAAAAGAUAAUUCUCUAUAGCCCACACCCAUUAGGAGAGGGCAGGGGCUACAGAAAAAUAUAGAAAGGAGUGAACAUGUCUUUGCCAAGCCCCUUACCUCUCACCCAUUCCUUCCCUCCCAUUUGUGGCCAAGUCCCCCCUUUGGUGGCUAGGAGCCCUCAAGCCCCUAGACACCCCCACAAUAAGGAAAAGCCUUAGUUGUCUUCUUUUUUCUUGCAUCUUCUUUUCUUCAGCAAGUCAAAAUAUAUAUGCCAAAUAAUAAUCUAUAGUCACCGACAAAAUUCUAAAACAAAUUUGCAAGCCAACCAAUCAAAGCACUCUGACAGGCAAGUCUCACUUCUUUCGAGACCUGCGUUUGAACAUUUUCACGCAAGUCUCAAAAGAAGUGAGAUUUGUCUGUCAAAACACUCUGAUUGGUUGACUUACUAUUUUUUUUUAUUGUUUCUGUAAAAACAUCGGGGUGAGGGGUACAGGGUAUAGAAAUUGAAAAGAGGGAGGGGGGUGACUUACUAUUUUUAAUAAUCGUGUCAGUCGUUCUGUUUUUUCUUGUCUUUUGUGAAAUGACACAUUUUCCCUCCAUAAAAUUUGGAGAUUAUUAUUAAUAUUGCCAUUUAUAUAGCGCCAACAGAUUCCGUAGCACUUUACAAUACUAUAAGAGGGAGGAUUUAACUAUAAAUAGGACAAUUACAAGAAAACUUACAGGAAAUGUAGGUUGAAGAGGAGAAGAGGACCCUGCUCAAACGAGCUUACAGUCUUUAGAAGGUGGGGUAUAAAACACAAUAGGACAGGAAAUAGCAAUCAAAUAAGGUGGGAGUGAAGCAGAGCUGGAGGAGAGAGUAAAGUGCUGCCAUUUAGGAGAGCGCAAGAGACAGGUAUGUGAGGUAGAGGUUACGCUGGGAGGCCAUAAGCUUUCCUAAAGAGAUAGGUUUUAAGGCACCUCUUAAACGAUUGAAGACUAGGGGAGAGUCUAAUGGAGGUAGGCAGACUAUUUCAUAGGAAGUGAGCCGCCCGCAAGAAGUCCUGCAAGUGUGAGUUGGUCAUACGGGUGCGAGCAACAGACAGAAGAAGGUAAUGGACAGAGCGGAGAGACCGAGAAGGGGCAUAGCUAUGGGUCUGUGAAGAGAUAUAAGAGGGGCUAGAAUUGGUCAAUGCUUUAUAGGCAGGGCCGGCCUUAGGGGUGUGCGAGCUGUGCGGCCGCACAGGGUGCCAUGCCAACAGGGGCGCCGGGCAACCGACACAGCUCGCACAACCAGGUCCUGCCCUACCUCAGAGCGCCCUGGUGGGUGAAAGAUUGUGCCCCAGCCGGCCGACCUUUACAGAGUGUGUGCUCUGCUUUGGUAAUGGCUGGUGAGAAGACCUCCAUCACCGGCCCGCUGUUUGGAUGAUGGGAGCGAGCAGUGAGCGCUUUAAAUCUGCUCUCCUCUCGCGAGCUUGGGAUUCAGAGUGUUGCCGUGGCAAUGCUCUCAUACUAUCAAUGCAGAGCUCGCGAGAGGAGGGCUCCUGUUCUGCAAAGUGCAGAACUUCAAGAGCUGGCAGAGACCGCUGGACCACCAGGUCAUCAGUAUUCCACCAUCCCUGCCCAAAGGUAUGUAAGAGGGAGGGGGGAAUCAACAUUAAUUAAUUAAACAAAACCUUAAAUUGCUCUCUCACCUCCUCAUUUAAAGCCUUAUGUCACCCCCUCCUACCCACAAAUCAUCACUAUCCCACCCUUACUGUGUUACCUACACACACUCCAUAACACACACACACAUUCCAUAAUCUACUCUCACCCACACACACACAUUCCAUAAUCUACUCUCACCCACACACACACUCUCACCCACACACACACACUCCAUAAUCUACUCACCCACACACACACACUCCAUAAUCUACUCUCACACACACACACACUCCAUAAUCUACUCUCACACACACACACACACACUCCAUAAUCACUCACACACACACACCCAUAAUCUACUCUCACACACACACACACACCCAUAAUCACUCUCACACACACACACUCCAUAAUCUACUCUCACACACACACACACUCCAUAAUCUACUCUCACACACACACACUCCAUAAUCUACUCACACACACACACACACACUCCAUAAUCUACACACACACACACUACAUAAUCUACACACACACACACUACAUAAUCUACACACACACACACUACAUAAUCUACUCUCUCACACACACACACACACUACAUAAUCUACACACACACUACAUAAUCCACACACACACAACUCCCCCUUUAAACACACUUUGUUCUCUACACACAUGCACACUAGAUAACUCACAAACACUACAAAACGUACAGACACACUAUGCUCCCUAUACAUACACACUACGUAACUUGCACUCAUACACACUACAUCCCCUUUACACACACACUAUGUUCCCUAGACACAUACACACUACAUACCCUAUACACACACACAUUAUAUAACCUAAACACACACAUACUACAUAACCUAUACACACACACACACACUACAUCCCUAUCCCACACCACACUAUUUUUCCUACACAUACACACUGCAUCCCUAUUCCACACACAACAUAAUGGCAUGGCAACUUCAGGGAGACAGGGCACUCUUGUUAGAAAUUAGUUUUUACUCCUAAUGCUAGAGUGUUCCUUCACAUAGGUUUGUUUUUCCCAAAUCUAUACAUGUGGGAGGAAUUCUUCUAGCCCAUAUAUAUCUAGAAUUUUCUGCUCUUUAAAAAUACCAGAAAUUGUGUGUACCAUAAUAAGUACAAUUUAACAUGAUUUCUGAGAGUAAUAUUUAAAUAUACAUGUAUAUUAAUAUAGGUGUAGUAUUAUUAUUAUGUGUUAUUACGCCUAUAACAUUUACAAAUGUAUUAAUAUACGUGUAUAUGCAUGAUAUGCCCAGAAAUCACAUUAAUACGUAACACCUAUGUAAUGGAGGCUUAGCACUUUUUACAGGAUGAACGAGGGCAUGUGACCAUGGAGGGGCGCUGUGAAUAUUUUUCGCACAGGGCGCCUAAAGGCCUAAGGCCGGCCCUGUUUAUAGGUAUGGGUUAGCACUUUGAAUUGACUCCUAUAGGAUACAGGAAGCCAAUGUAACGACUGACAGAGGGGUGAGGUGUGAUAGUAUAUAUUCUGGAUUCAUGGACAAUACUAAAGGGACAACAUUCUUUUAAGAGUGGGUCAUCUAAUCUGAUUGUUUUAUCAAAAUCAACUAAUAUAAAUUCUUCUUCAAUCUUGCAGAUUCAGCAGUAAAUACUGUGUCUGGUGUCAUCCAGCAACCAGCAGCUCCAAAAGAAGAAUGUGCACUAGAGAUUAUCAAAGGGGGUGCCCUACGGAAAAGGGAGGUAUAUUACCAAUAUCAAGCCACAAAGAUCCCGUUGCUGUUACGGGACUGGGCUCCAGAAUUUCUAGAGAACCUUGUUCUUAUGAAUUACGAUGUGACUAAACUCAAGCAGAAACAAUGAUUGUUCCUCCCACCUAGUUGUAGCUUAAAAUAAAAAUGCUUUCUUACUUAUUUAAAGUGAAACUGUCACUUCAAUCAAAACAUUUACAUAAGACAACAGCGUGGCAAAACCAGGACAUUUGUUAAUUUUCACAUGCUUUGAUUUUUUUUUUCCACGGGCUGUCACCCACUGCGCUAGAAGGCAUCUUCUGUCAUGAUAUACAGUAGAUGCCUAUGGCCACAUGGGAUAUUCCUUAGAUUUUGAAAGAUUCCUGCAUGCAAGAACUACUGUCCAAUGAUUGUUAUUAGGGUAAGACCCACACACAAGUGACAGGUUAACUUUAAGGAGCAAAGUGUCUUAAUAAGUACUGAAUCCCAAAUAUAAAAACAAAAUGUAUAUUAAAGCACCGAGGGAGCAAUAUCUGAAAGUCGUCAAAGCUUUAAAAAGCACUUUGGCACCUUUUUCACACAAGCAAAGAGAGGUCUGGCAUGAGAAUUACCAUUAUCUAUAAAUAAGCUAUAUUCACAUUGUACAUGGUAACAAAACAGCCUUGUUUGUUGUAAUUGAGACUACUGCAUAUUAAGGCGAUAAAUGGUGCUUUCAAAUUUCAUAGCUAUUUUUUGGUGGUGUUGGUUAUCUACAUGUACUUCAAACAACUGGAGGGUAAUACGCUUAUGCCUGAUUUUUAGUAGACAAACAGACUUGUCUUGACUUUAAUUUGGUAAUGUAUUAUAAUUGUAAUGCAUUAAAAAUAUGCAAAAAUGUCUAAUGUUUAGAAAAAUUAAAUAAAAAAGGAUAUUCACCUUUGAAAGGACCACUCCAGAUUGAUUUUUUUUUUUUUUUUUUUUAAUAAAAAUGACUCUUUAGUAGAUAUAUGCAUGCGUUUUUCCUGGUUGUAUUAAUUGGUGGUAUAUAUUAAAGGAGCUCUUUUGUGGAGGCUUUGGAGGGAGAAGACAGGCAUGCUAAAGUAUAACGUGCCUGUUACUUCCACUAGGUCUGGGGAAUCAACAGAGGGAGGAAGCAACCGUCUCUGGUUGUCCGAAUGACAGCCAGGGGGGUGUUCUGUAAUUUAAUUAUAAAAGUUUCAAUUUGUCCAAGAAACCAGCAUUCUUAUAAAUUGUGGUUAAAAUCGGAUAAUUCUCACCCAUAAAGCUGAAGUUCUGUAUGGGUUGGGACAGUGUUGGAUCCAGAGCCUGAACUCGGGAGGGAUUCCCUGGUGGUCCCAGUGGUGGUGAGGUGAACUCUAGCCCAUAGCUCCAGGGCUAGAGUUCACGCUCACGAGAUUUGGAGCGUUGCCGUGGUAACCGCGGAGAGAGUCUCCCAUGUGGCAGGAGAGAGGGAGACCCUCGGCAAUUGCCCCCUCCCCCCCCUGGAUCUGCCACUGGGUUGGGAGUGGUCCUUUAAAGUUCCUGCAGCCUUUCUCAGACUAAGAAUUCAAUCCAAUCCAGUCAGGAGUCUCUUAUUCUUGAUGAAUUCAAAGUGGAUUUCAAAUUUAAGGUGAAAAUUCUCUCAGUCAGCUAUGCUUUCAUUUCAGCUACUCUAGCCUUAAAUUUGAAAUUCACUUUGAAUUAACUUUGAUUUCUCGUGUUGGUGAAUGACUCUGAUAAUGUUAUUAUCUCAGCAGCUCAUUAUACAAGCAAAACAUCUGUUAAAUCCUGCAUGUAGUAAUGUUAUUGAGACGAUUAAGGGAUAAUUGUGAUCCACAGUAAAAAUUACAGAUAAGAAAUUGAGUCUUUAACUCUGGAUUUGGCUAAACAUGGGGUUUCGAUAAAUAAAUAAAUCCUAUGUAGGAGCCAACAGAUUAGCAAAAUUACACAUCCUGGGAUUCAUUUUAGUCCUUGGGAUACAUUUAUUACUGCUUUCUCUCCAAGGUCUCAGGUAGAUCAGAAGUGAAAUCGUGUGAUAACAAACAUGAGAGUGGACUUUGUAUAGGUGAUAAAAUCUAGCACUCUGUCAUAUAUUAACUAUAGUGCUACAAAAAUAACCUCUUACCUGCAUG